UCUGUCAACGCGACCGAACACCCCCGAGUCGUGUCGGCGCGAACAACCCGGCCGUGACAGCUCGAUUCCGGCGACGGGACACGAACCGCACAGGAGGACGUCACGGGGCCCUCGGUGCUGGAGGAGCGGGGCCGAGUCAGCGGCUGUUUUUCAACCCGAGGAAAAAGUCGCCGUCGUCUGUCAGAAUUCCAACUAUCCGAGCCGAGCUAGCUGAGAGCCGGAGCCAGCCCCCCCCCCCCCCCGGGACGCCCGCUGUGCCGCGGACACGGAUUAAUGUGGCCCGCGCUCGGUUGUGUGUAGGGAGUGAUUUGGACUCGGUGACCCCCGCUGGGAUGAUCUCCUGACGGCUCCUCUCCUCCGCUCCAGCCACUUUCCUCCACAUCCCCGGCUAGCGAGCUAACUUGGCUAACUAGCAGCUGCCACCGCGUCGUGUCGAGGAGCCCGCAGCCCCUUCGCCGUGGCACCGACACCCGGCUGGAGACGUUGACAGUGUCCGGGGACGCCGAACAGAACAACUCCCCGGUGCCGGCGAAACGAACGCCACCGUACGGAGGAGAGAGGAGGGGGCGCCGGCGUUUUGACAGCCCGCAAGGGAGGAGGGGAGGCUAGCCGGGAGCGGGGCACUGCAGGGGCGGUGCGCUGCCGGAGGAGACACCGGACUGAACGGAGGAACAGUCCCGGACAUUUGACAGCUGGGAUCCGGGUAGUGACCCGGGCAGAGACCUCAUGAAUGGAAAUCGGAACUACAGGAGCCGUUGGGGCCCAGUCCCUGUUCUCCUUACCUCGGCGGCCUGGCUAUGGCACCAUGGGGAAGCCCAUCAAGCUGCUGGCCAACUGCUUCCAGGUGGAGAUCCCCAAGAUGGAUGUCUACCUCUACGAGGUGGACAUCAAGCCUGAUAAGUGUCCACGGCGAGUCAACAGGGAGGUGGUCGACUCGAUGGUGCAGCACUUCAAGGUGACCAUCUUUGGGGAUCGCAGGCCAGUGUACGAUGGGAAGAGGAGCCUGUACACAGCCAACCCUCUACCUGUGGCACCUGCAGGGGUGGACCUGGAUGUCACUCUACCAGGUGAGGGGGGGAAAGAUCGUCCCUUCAAGGUGUCCAUCAAGUUUGUGUCACUGGUCAGCUGGCACAUGCUCCACGAGGUGCUGACCGGCCGCAGCAUGCCUGAGCCUCUGGAGCUGGACAAGCCCAUCAGCACCAACCCUGUUCAUGCAGUGGACGUGGUCCUGCGACACCUGCCAUCCAUGAAGUAUACUCCAGUGGGUCGAUCCUUCUUCUCGGCUCCAGAGGGCUAUGACCAUCCCCUGGGGGGCGGGAGGGAGGUUUGGUUUGGCUUCCAUCAGUCUGUGCGGCCCGCCAUGUGGAAGAUGAUGCUCAACAUCGACGUUUCUGCCACUGCAUUCUACAAGGCCCAGCCUGUCAUCCAGUUCAUGUGUGAAGUGCUGGACAUCCACAACAUAGACGAGCAGCCCCGCCCUCUCACCGACUCGCACCGGGUCAAAUUCACCAAAGAAAUCAAAGGUUUGAAGGUGGAGGUGACGCACUGUGGAACCAUGCGGAGGAAGUACCGCGUCUGCAACGUGACCCGUCGGCCCGCGAGCCAUCAAACGUUUCCUCUGCAGUUGGAAAACGGUCAGACGGUGGAGCGUACGGUAGCCCAGUACUUCAGAGAGAAGUACAGCCUGCAGCUCAAGUACCCCCACCUACCCUGUCUACAAGUGGGCCAGGAGCAGAAGCACACCUACCUGCCCCUGGAGGUGUGUAACAUUGUUGCUGGUCAGCGAUGCAUCAAGAAGCUGACGGAUAACCAGACCUCCACUAUGAUCAAAGCCACGGCUCGCUCCGCCCCCGACCGACAAGAGGAGAUCAGCCGGCUGGUGCGCAGUGCCAACUACGAGGCCGACCCCUUCGUGCAGGAGUUCCAGUUCAAAGUGCGCGACGAGAUGGCCCACGUGACGGGGCGAGUGCUACCCGCCCCCAUGCUGCAAUACGGCGGCAGGGUGAGCACAGAGCACUUUAUGAGUGAUCGUGAUGCCGGUGAUGUCUCCGAAUAUAAGAGUAACCGCACCGUCGCCACGCCCAGCCACGGGGUGUGGGACAUGAGGGGGAAGCAGUUCCACACCGGGGUGGAGAUCAAGAUGUGGGCCAUUGCCUGCUUUGCCACACAGAGGCAGUGUCGGGAAGAAAUCCUGAAGGGUUUCACGGACCAGCUACGUAAAAUCUCGAAGGAUGCCGGGAUGCCCAUCCAAGGUCAGCCAUGUUUCUGUAAAUACGCCCAAGGAGCGGACAGCGUGGAGCCCAUGUUCAGACACCUGAAGAACACGUACGCCGGGCUGCAGCUCAUCAUCGUCAUUCUGCCGGGAAAGACUCCCGUCUACGCGGAGGUGAAGCGAGUGGGAGACACCCUCCUCGGCAUGGCCACCCAGUGUGUGCAGGUGAAGAACGUGGUGAAGACGUCCCCUCAGACCCUCUCCAACCUCUGCCUCAAGAUCAACGUGAAGCUGGGAGGCAUCAACAACAUCCUGGUGCCUCAUCAACGGCCAUCAGUGUUUCAGCAGCCAGUUAUCUUCUUGGGAGCAGAUGUUACACAUCCACCUGCGGGAGACGGGAAGAAGCCUUCGAUUGCAGCAGUGGUUGGCAGUAUGGAUGCCCACCCCAGCAGGUACUGUGCCACAGUACGGGUCCAGAGGCCCAGACAAGAGGUCAUCCAGGACCUGGCCUCCAUGGUGCGGGAGCUGCUCAUCCAGUUCUACAAGUCAACUCGCUACAAGCCCACCAGGAUCAUUUUCUACAGGGACGGAGUUUCAGAAGGCCAGUUCAGACAGGUGCUGUAUUAUGAGCUGCUGGCCAUUCGUGAGGCCUGUAUCAACCUGGAGAAGGAGUACCAGCCAGGCAUCACCUACAUUGUUGUACAGAAACGCCACCACACCCGCCUCUUCUGUGCCGACCGCAACGAAAGAGUCGGACGUAGUGGAAACAUUCCCGCUGGUACUACCGUGGAUACGGACAUCACCCAUCCGUACGAGUUUGACUUUUACCUCUGCAGUCACGCUGGAAUACAGGGCACCAGUCGGCCCUCCCACUACCAUGUACUGUGGGAUGACAAUUGUUUCACCGCUGAUGAGUUCCAGCUGCUCACCUACCAGUUGUGCCACACCUACGUGCGCUGUACCCGCUCAGUCUCCAUCCCGGCGCCAGCCUACUACGCCCACCUGGUGGCCUUCCGUGCCCGCUACCAUCUGGUGGACAAAGAACAUGACAGUGCCGAGGGCAGCCACGUGUCUGGUCAGAGUAACGGUCGGGACCCCCAGGCGCUGGCCAAGGCUGUUCAGAUUCACCACGACACCCUGAGGACCAUGUACUUCGCCUGAGCUACCACCAGCCCUCCCCAGUCAUUGCCACCCUUCACACACACACACACACACACACACACACACACACACACAAACACACAAACACACACAAACACACACAGACGCAACCGACAGUCAAGGAGUCCUCAUAGGUGCGAGUCCCCCCCCCCACACACGCCUAGUCAAUCCGGACCUGACACUGUGCAGAGGAGAGCAGGGAGGAGGGAGGGGAGGAGGCACACCCACACUGGACUGAGGAUGCAAACGUCGCUUUAAAAACAAACAAGCACUAUUAUGCAAUAUUCAACCAGCCAACCAGUUUAUUUCCACCCUCAUCAGGCCCCACUUCAUCGCCCCCCCC